UCGUCACUGCGGCAUGAAUCGUAUGAACAAAUUAGCGUCGUUCGCGUUGUCACAAAUUAAACGCAGUAAUUAUGCAAGAACUAUUUAUACGGUGCACCAUAACGAGAAACGAGGUCUUUUCUACGUGAAACUGGAAGACAAUUCAAGAGCGGUACUGCACUACAUAGCCGAGGGGAGAGUUUUAGAUAUGCAAAGAAUCAACGUACCGUACCAAUACUCGGGAAAAGGUCUGGCACGUUUGCUCGCGGAGGUACAAGUAUUCGCCACGUAUAAACAACCUGUGAGUCUCGAAGUUCACGCGAUCAUAUUAAGUAUAUGUUUUCAGACUGCGUUCACCUACGCCAUUGUAAAUUAUUAUUACAUGUAUCUGUCGUGCGAUUACAUGCAGAGAUAUUAUCUUGCCGUCAAGAAUUCAGAUCUGGAAGAAGUGGUCGUUGGACCGCCGCACCUCUUAGAGGGCCCGGAUUCGGAAUCGUUGGAUCCGAUAAGCCCCCACGAACUGCCCGAUCCGGACGAAUUCAACAUAUAACGCGUCGACGAGCACGUCUCUAGC